UGUGAUUCUGGCUGAACUUGCUGGAUAACAUUCUGCUCAUAGCUAUGCACAAGGACUCUCACACACCCUUUCACAAGCUUGCAUUUCCCAUCCCAUUGGUUAACGGGAAGGGAAGCUACGAAAUUUUCCCUGACAUUUUGGCAGCGGCUCAUGAAGGUAACACACAUCAACUUUGCAGUCAACGUAAACGUCGCACCUGGUAUUUGCCUUUGGUCAGUGCCGACCGACCCAUGGAGGAGGGCAUGGACAGUCCGGUGGCCGUCAAGGUGGAGGGCCACUCCCGCAGCGUGAUCCUCAGGUACUUCCGGGGCGACAUCGGCAGUAUGGUGGAUGCCCACUUCAGCCGCGCUCUCAGCAAGGACGCCAAGGACAACAUGCCGGCUGCCAAGGCCAAGAGAAUGCGUAAAAACAUCAAGUCAGAGAGCAACACCUGCCACACCAACCUGGCCGAGCCUCUGCCUGUAGCAGGCCGCCACUUGGCUCUCGGCCCCGCCGACGACCACGCAGGGUCUUGGCACCCGUUCAUCGGCAGGACCAGGGAGACCUCUGGCUUGCCAUCCGCCGCGUAUUCGGUGGAAGACCUGAGCUUGACCGGGCAGCAGUACGCCUCAUCGCUGCUCAACCUCCUGCACAGCGACCGAUCCGAGAUGGGGCCCGGCGUGGCCUCCGGCUCCAAGGCGGAACAUCUGGCCAACUGGAUGGUGCCUCAAGGAUUUAGAGACUCUGUGGAGCCCGCUGGAGGCUUUGAGCCUGGUAAGCCUUCGUAUGCAAUACAGCAUGUGCCGUCAGGCUUCCUGGGAGGCUAUCAAACCUUCCAAAGUGGACAUAAUUAGGAGCAUCAUCAGAGUAAAGAUAUAAUUGUUGUCUGUGCUAAUAAACAGUUGUUCUUGAACCGCCGGUGCCCGCUGGUCCAUAAGAUUUAGCAUUGGGGUGAGCAAAUUAAUUUGCAAUUAAUUAUGCUGUGUCAUUAUGAAUAAGUACAUAAUGGGGACUAAUGUGGCAAUAAAAGAAACACCGUGAACCAAUUA